GGAAAAUAAAUCAAAUCCGGAUCACAGCACAGGCGGAGGAGAAGACACACUUUAAAGAAAAGAUGUUUCGCAACCAGUACGACAACGACGUGACAGUAUGGAGCCCACAGGGCCGUAUUCAUCAGAUCGAGUAUGCCAUGGAGGCUGUGAAGCAAGGCUCUGCAACCGUAGGACUCAAAUCCAAAACCCAUGCCGUCCUGGUUGCACUAAAGAGAGCCCAGUCUGAACUGGCUGCUCACCAGAAGAAGAUCCUGCAUGUCGACAACCACAUCGGCAUCUCCAUUGCUGGACUGACUGCUGACGCCAGGCUGCUGUGUAACUUCAUGCGUCAGGAGUGCUUGGACUCAAGAUUUGUCUUCGACAGACCCCUCCCCGCAUCACGCCUCGUCUCUCUUAUUGGCAGCAAAACUCAAAUCCCAACACAGAGAUAUGGAAGGAGGCCCUAUGGAGUCGGACUCCUUAUUGCUGGCUAUGAUGACAUGGGCCCCCACAUCUUCCAGACCUGCCCGUCAGCAAACUACUUCGACUGCAAAGCCAUGUCCAUCGGAGCGCGCUCUCAGUCUGCUCGCACCUACCUGGAGAGAUGCAUGGAGAAGUUCUCUGACUGUAAUCUGAAUGAUCUGGUGCAGCAUGGCCUCCGUGCUCUCAGAGAAACCCUCCCCAGCGAGCAGGACCUCACUACCAAGAAUGUCUCCAUCGGCAUUGUGGGUAAGGACAUGGAGUUCGUCAUUUACGACGACGAUGAGGUGGCCCCGUUCCUGGAGGGCCUGGAGGAGAGGCCACAGAGAAAGGUUGCCCAGCCCGCAGAUGAGCCUGCAGCCGCUGCAGAUGUUGUUGUUGAGCCGAUGGAGCACUGAGGCGGCCCCGGACAACAACACACACACUCUCCCAGACCAACCCGACACUUAACUGCAUCUCACCGGAGUGAACAUUAGCAGGGGGAAGUUGUUCUUGUGAUGUGCCACUUGCUAAAAUAAAUAAACUGUCGAUCCAAAAUAUUCUGCAAACAUCAACCAAUGUGAUGUUGCUUUUGUAUGAGUAAAGGUUUCCAUUAUACAAGUAAUAAAGUCUUUUUUUGAAAUGUU